UUAGAAGGGGCAAAGUUUCACGUGGUUAUAGUCGUGCUUUUAAAGGUCUGAGACUUUUGCGAAGGAAGAACAUAAUAUAUUAAAACCAAACAACACACAAUGGAUUGUGAUAUUCGUGCAUUUUAUAAGGAUAAAGUGGUGUUCAUGACUGGAGCCACCGGUUUUCUAGGAAAAGUGAUUAUUGAGAAACUUUUGCGAUCUACCGAAGUGAAACGAAUAUAUUCCAUGGUUAGGAGCAAACGUGGUCAGAAUAUUCAGGAUCGUCUAAAGUUGUGGAAAGCGGAUCCACUUUUUGAUGUCCUGUUGCGAUCGAAACCCGAUGCCCUGCAACGGGUUCAUGCCAUAGCUGGAGACUGCUUCGAGCCAGAUUUGGGAAUUAGUGAGCAGGACAGAGGAAUCCUGGCCUCGGAGGUGCAGGUAGUAAUCCACGGAGCAGCCACUGUGAAAUUUAACGAGCCCCUUCACAUCGCGCUGGCGAUAAAUACUCGUGCCACUCGAUUGAUGCUACAACUGGCCAAGGAAAUGAAGAAGCUGGUUGCCUAUUUGCAUGUUUCCACAGCCUACUCCAACAGCGUGAUUUUCCGCAUCGAGGAGAAAUUUUACCCGGAUCUCUUGACCUGUGGUUCCGAGAAGGUGUUGGCUUUAAGUGAGCUAGUAAGCGACCAAGUACUGGACGGCAUGGAGCCAGCACUGAGGGGUGAUUUUCCAAAUACGUAUGCCUAUACGAAAGCCUUGGCGGAAGAUGUCAUCCUCAAAGAAGCUGGCAGCCUGCCAGUCAGCAUUUAUCGGCCUUCCAUAAUAAUUGCCACAUAUAAGGAGCCAUUAGUUGGAUGGGUGGAUAACCUUUAUGGACCAAUUGGCAUGAUAUUCGGAAUCGCCUUUGGAGUCCUACGAAUGUUGUGCUUCAACAAAAGUUCUUACAAUAGCUUUGUGCCAGGGGACUACGCAGGCAAUGUAGCAAUUGCCAGCAUUUGGCAAACUGCAAAGGAUAAGAAAUUAACUUCCAGGAAUCCCGUCGAUAUUCCACCUAAAAUUUACGCAUUUGGAGCCGGAAAGAACUUGAUACAAAACAAAGAUUUUCUUAAUUAUGCAUUGGCUCUUCGUGAAGAAAUCCCACUGACCCAGAUGAUCUGGUAUCCCUUCCUGUUCAAUGUCCCUUCGCCAACACUUUACUCAAUAGUCGCCUUCUUUGUCCACAUUCUGCCCGGUUAUAUUUUCGAUCUGGUACUGCGACUUUCGGGAAAAAAGCCCCGAUUGAUAAAGCUCUACAAAGUUAUUCAUGAAAACAUAUUUACAACACGUUAUUUCACAACCAACACAUUUUAUUUUGAAGUGGACAAUACGAAUCGACUCAGGGACCAAAUGUCGUCGGAAGAAAAGACUAUCUUCGAGUUUGACAUGGCGAGUCUGGACUGGAAGGAAUAUUGGAACCAGGCUCUCAAAGGAAUGAGAGUCUACCUAGGAAAGGAACCCAUGACCCCGGAGUCUCUAACUCAAGGCAGGCGACUCCUAUGGAAGUUGAAAUGGGCUCACUAUAGCAUAGUGACAGUAAUUGCGUUCAUAGCUGGAUAUCUGUUAUGGUUCAUGAUUAAACUGUUCAUGUUAUAAAAUUA